CUUUCUUCACACUGUGCUGUCUUUGGUUAUUCUGCUUCCACCCAAAACGGAAGUGAUUGUAGUCCAACCAGACAUUUGUGUCGCGAGAACAUUCUACAGUUGUCAGAGUUCAUUCAAGAGGUGAGCAUCGAGGAGCAGAGUCAGAGAUGCAUAGAGCUAUCAAGAAAACAUCAUUUCAAACAGUUGUCUGGACUCUUCCAGAGGUUUCAAAGCACCUUGGUGGUGGCAAAGCACAACAAUGACAAGCUGACCCCCAUUACGCUGAGUGCUAUUACUGCAGCCAAGAAACUAGGAGGAGACGUGUCCUGUUUGGUUGCUGGAACAGACUGUGCAAAGGUUGCACAGGAAGUCAGCAAAGUCCUAGGUGUUCUGAUUGCUCAAAAUGAUGCUUACAAAGGCUCUCUGCCAGAGGAAUUGACUCCACUUAUUCAGAAGUUUACAUACACUGAGUUGACUGUGCCUUUAAACAGCUUGAAUCUGCUCCCCAGAGUGUCUGCCAAGUUGGAUGUUGCUCCUAUUUCAGACAUUAUUGAGAUCAAAUCCCCUGACACCUUUGUCAGAACCAUCUAUGCCGGAAAUGCUCUCAGCACUGUCAAGUGUAAUGACAAUGUCAAGGUUUUCACUGUCAGAGGGACAUCCUUUGAGCCCACUGAGGCAGUGCUACAUCAGAGGAAGCUGGAAGCAACCUUGACCAAGAUUGUCCGUCCAGAGCUGACCAGGGCUACGGUUGUGGUGUCUGGAGGUAGAAGUCACCUUCAGCUCAUCAUACUAUUUGCCUUACACAUCAAUUUAUUUCUCAUGUUCAUGUUUGAAUUGAUUUCCCCCACAGUUGGUGCUUCCAGAGCUGCUGUGGAUUCUGGAUAUGUCCCCAAUGACAUGCAGGUUGGACAGACUGGCAAGAUCGUGGCCCCCGAGUUGUACAUCACUGUUGCUAUCUCUGGAGCUAUUCAACAUCUGUCUGGGAUGAAGGACAGCAAGACUAUUGUUGCCAUUAACAAGGACCCAGAGGCUCCCAUCUUCCAGGUGGCUGACUAUGGUCUAGUGGCUGAUCUCUUUAAGGCUGUGCCUGAGAUGACUGCAGCAUUGAACAAGUAAGCCAGCGUUCAGCUAAGCAGCCAUCCCACCACUCUUACCUGGGUACUAAGACUGUAACCACACAGUUACAACUCUCCUGUAACCUCUGCCUUAAAUGGUUUCUGGAGCUACUAUUUUGGGGACACUAAUAAUGUUAUCAUCAUUCUACCUAAAUGGCUACAGAAUAAAACUCUGUUUACAAACGGUCUGUUUUUAUGUAUGUAGGUAUGAAAAUGCCACAAAUAAUGUUCUGCUUACCUGGCGUAGGUGAUAUUUUUAUCCCUAUUAAUGCAUAUUUUGUAUUUAACGUAGCGUCACAAAGGUCAUCUUUGGGAAGUCUAAACCUGCCUCCUCACUUAUUAACUAUUUUUUUUUAUACCAAAAGCUCUUGGUAUAAUGAUGAAACUGACUGUAAAUGGCUGUUCUUUUACCAUGUUUGCCUUUUAAUUGCUUUACUCUGCAAUGAAUUCCCUUCAUGAUCAACUUACAAAAUGCUUGUUGACAUUAAAGUGCACAGGGUAGUUUGCCAUAUCGAAGAUUUAUGCUAUAAUACGUUUUCUUCUGAUAACACUUUGCACAACUUCAAUUACAAACCCUCCAGAUUUGGUAGCUGAAAUGUCCCUCAA